AUGAGUGCCCGCCGGAGCUUGGGCCGUGGCUGCAGCGCCCAGCGCCCAGCCAGCGCUUGCCCGCCUGCCCGCUGCAGUCUUGGGCCCACGCCCCGCCCCAAGCCCCAACCCCAAGCCCCAGUGGUCCCCAGCCAGGCCGGCCUGCAGCGUACAUGGCGCCGUGCUCGCCUCGUCCACUACGUUACUCGUACCUUGCCCUGUACCUCGCCAGCCAGUUCUCUGCCACACGGUACUUUCCACAACCCUCAACAACCGGGUCUGAAUCAGCGAGAGUGCUUAGGGACACGCGAUCUACACCAAAUACCCACGGUCUUUCUGUCGCGAACGAGGCUGGGGAAAAGGAUUGGCCUAGGAUUCAGCGGGCCUCACAUACAACUACAACCUGGGUCCUUGGACCUUGCAACCCGUGCCAAUACCAUCCUCAUUCCAUUCGUUGAAGCACGCCGUAGUUAUCUUGCUUCGUUGCUUCGAAUGCUUUUCCGGAUGAGGCUAACUGCCACUCGACAGAUUGAAUAUUGCCAGCAUCGAGCUCGGUUUCAUCACAAGAUUCAGAGUGGAUAA